ACAUCAAGAAAAAUAGAGUUGCACGUUGUUUGUUUUCACGAAAAAUGCAAAUGGAGUGUGAGGGCUGUUAAGCUCCGUGGGGUCCUCAUGUUUCAAAUCAGAAGGUUUGACUCAUUCCACACAUGCUUAAUGGAUUUUAGGCAAGGACAGCAUCGGCAGGCUACAUACCGAACCGUUGCAGAACUUGUUUCUCAUAAGUUCUUGGAUGCUUCUAGAAAGCCGUAUGUACCAAAUGAGAUACGUGCUGACAUGAGUCUCAUGCAUGGCAUCUCCAUGUCGUACAAUAAGUCUUGGAAAGCUCAAAAGACUGCAAUGCAAAAACAAUUCGGAUCAGAUGCCGAGUCAUAUCAACUUUUACCCUCAAUGGCCUAUAUGCUUGACAAAGCAAAUCCACAUUCUGUUUUUUCUCUUGUUGGAGAGAUGAUGAUGUCUUCCAG